AAAUAAAGAACAUAAAAACGCUCAAUUUCGACUUAAAAAAGGAUGACAUUGACAUUGCACAAACAUUUUUAGCAACUACAUCAAGAUACAAAAACACACAUAAGUUUAUUUAUACAGACGCCUCAAAUAAAAAAGACAGAGUUGGUUUUGGAAUAUAUAUCCCAGAAAUAGACCUCAAAUUCUCUAGCAAAUUGCCUAACGAGUUAGAGAUAUGUAAUGCUGAAAUUGAAGCAAUCCACGAAGCAGUCGACAUGGCAAUUAAGAAGAAAUUCGAAAACGCUAUAAUAUUCUCUGACUCGUCAAGUGCAAUUAGGAAGAUAAGCAGGACAGGCGUAAGUAUAGACUCGAACUUGCUGACAUUGAGAACAAGUUUACUGAUAGAGGCAAAGACGGGGGGGUGCGACAUUGCGUUGGCCUGGGUCCCGGGACAUGCCGGAAUACAGGGCAACGUGGUGGCUGACACC